GCGGCCGGGGCGCCGGGGCUGCGCGGCGGGCGGAGCGGCCGCGGGCAUGGGGGCUUCGCCGGGGCCGGGCGGCCGGCGCGCCGGGCUGCUCCCGCCGCCGCCCGGACCCGCGCCCCGCCGGGGCAGCGGUGGUGGGAGCCCCGACUACCCGGACGCCGCCCGCCGCGCCGUGGGGUUCCCGGCCCCGGCGCUGCUCUGCGCGCUGUGCUGCGGCCUCCUGGCCCCGGCCGCCCGCGCCGGCUACUCCGAAGAGCGCUGCAGCUGGAGGGGCAGCGGCCUCACCCAGGAGCCCGGCAGCGUGGGGCAGCUGGCCCUGGCCUGUGCGGAGGGCGCGGUUGAGUGGCUGUACCCGGCUGGGGCGCUGCGCCUGACCCUGGGCGGCCCCGACCCCAGCGCGCGGCCCAGCAUCGCCUGUCUCCGGCCGGUGCCACCCUUCGCAGGCGCCCAGGUCUUCGCGGAGCGCGCAGGGGGCGCCCUGGAGCUGCUGCUGGCCGAAGGCCCGGGCCCGGCAGGGGGCCGCUGCGUGCGCUGGGGCCCCCGCGAGCGCCGGGCCCUCUUCCUGCAGGCCACGCCACACCGGGACAUCAGCCGCCGCGUGGCCGCCUUCCGCUUUGAGCUGCGCGAGGACGGGCGCCCCGAGCUGUCCCCGCAGGCCCACGGUCUCGGCGUAGACGGUGCCUGCAGGCCCUGCAGCGAUGCUGAGCUGCUCCUGGCUGCAUGCACCAGCGACUUCGUAAUUCACGGGAUCAUCCAUGGGGUUGCCCAUGACGUGGACCUGCAGGAGUCUGUCAUCACCGUGAUGGCUGCCCGUGUCCUCCGCCAGACGCUGCCGCUGUUCGGGAGGCGGGGAUCUGGGGAGCAGGGGCUGACCUCCAUUCGUACCCCACUGCGCUGUGGCAUCCGCCCAGGCCCAGGCACCUUCCUCUUCAUGGGCUGGAGCCGCUUCGGGGAGGCCUGGCUGGGCUGUGCCCCACGAUUACAGGAGUUCCGCCGUGCCUACGAGGCUGCCCGCGCUGCCCACCUCCACCCCUGUGAGGUGGCGCUGCACUGAGGGGCCAGAUGCUGGGGAGGGGCUGGUAGGAGGGAGGGUGGGGGGCCCACUGCUUUGGAGGUGAUGGGGACUAUCAAUAAGAACUUUGUUCACACAA